UUGUGGGAUGAGCACUGAGUCCCGAAGCAAUGGCGAGAGCGCCACGUUGACUACAUGCCCCGGAGCAGAAGUGGCCCCCGGCACUUCUCAUGGAACAAAGGCUCCUUCCACGUCGCGCGACGCGGGAGAUGGCGCAGCGUGAGAUCCCGAAGACCCCCGCCGGCUCCAUAGAUGUGCGGGCGGGAGGGUCGCAGGUCAUCGUCGCCAUCCUAAAGUCUGGAGACUGGGCUGGCCUUCAGUUGGCUGUGGCCCAUCCUUGCCUUUUGGAGCUUGGAACCACCCUGGGGCAGGCUCAGAGGCUCCUGGAGGAUCACCGUGCAUUGCAAGUUAAGCUGAAGGAACGCGAGGCAGAUGUAUGUCACCUCCUGGAAGGCGUCGAUGCUGAGGCCGGGUCGGAGGGAGGGACAACGCAGACCUCCGAUGCCCUGGGCCAAUCUUUCAGGCUCGCCUGGGUGCAGCUGAGCACGCUGAUGCAUAGCAGGCAGGCCCUCCUCCGCCAAGCUGUGGACUUCUUUCAAACGGCUGACGAGUUUUCAGAUAAUAUAGAACAAGCCAAACAGCUGUUGGAAAAAUGCCAACGAUCAGAGGAUGUGGGUGAACUCAAGGAUUAUUUGGCACAACAUGAGCUGAUUCAGAAAGUCCUAGCUGCGGCGUCUGCACGUGUGACAUCCCAGUGUGCGGCCCUUGUGGAAGAGCUGCAGGCGUUCAGGCAUCGCUGCCCAAGCAUUGCCAGCGAGAGCUGCUACCGGCGAGGCCUGCGCAGAGGCCGCAUGAGGCUGGAGACACUCAUGGAGAUGCUGCAGGAGCGAUGCAAUCAUCUGGAGCCGCAGCUGGAGCAACAACGGGCAGAGCUUUCCGUCGCUGUUCCGAUUUACUGCUGGGACCAGGAAAUGGAUAAGAUGACCCAGUGGUUUAGAGAUCACGGAGAACGCUAUUUGCAAAUGGAAGACGUUGGUUCCUGCCUGCAAGAAAACGAAACACUCCUCGAACUCUACGAGGAUUUCAACAAUAAAGCGAAGGAGGUGGCAGAGGAGGUGCAGAGCCUGCUGCAUCAGGCGGAGGAGAUGAUGGCACGAGAGGGCUUCUCGGAGGAGCAGGCGGUGUCACAGCGUGCCCAGGGCAUCCGCUCCCUCUGCCAGGAGUUCUGGAGGCUGAUGGCACAACGGAGGACUACCCUACACCAAGCACACGCCUUCUUUUGUGCUGCCAAUGAGGCUUCAGAUGCGCUGGCCAGACUGGAAACGCAGGUUGAGUUGAUCAAGUCAAGUUCAAAAGGACUGGCAGCUCAGGCUAAGGAACAGCAGGACAUCUCAAAUGCCAUUAGGGAUGUCAUCGCCGAAGCUACAGACAAGGGCACGCAUUUUCUGGCAGCAGCAGAUGGAAUGAGUGGCGGGAUGGAAGGAGCGCACAGGGCGCUGGGCGACGUGAAGCGGCGAGCACAGAGGUUGGAGGCCGCGUGCACAGCGCCCAUGGAGCUGUGUCUGCAGCGGCAGCGUCUGCUGUGUCUCCUUCAAGAGCUCCUCGAAAAGGUCACCGGCAGCCUUCAAACUAAAUAUGAACCUGUUUUGAAAAGUAAAUGUGAUGUGCUCUCCUCUGAAUAUGAAAACAUCCUGGACGAACACGUGCACCUGAUGGACCUAUCAAAGGAUAUCGCAGGUGGCGUCGAGCAGAUCACGGACCUCAUCACGCAGCUGCGACAGCUGGAGGCGCCUGACAUGGAGGCGCUUGAAGAGAAAGUUGCCCGAUUGCGUGAGCGUUGGACCUGCAUGUACGCGGACCUACAGGAGCGUACAGAAACCAUACGGGCGUAUGUGACCUUUCUCAACUCAGCCAAAGAGAUUGGCGAAUACUCGAAGUCAAUGGAGGAUUUCUUCAAGGCGGAGUUGACGAACGUCGGGGGGCACGAGGAGCGGGCGAUGUUGAUGGAGCAAGGAAAUGCCAAGUGGAGGACGAUCCUGAAUGCGAUGGCGUCCUCACGCGACCUUGGCUCUGGCUUCAUCACAGCUGUUGCGCUGGUUGCACCAAGUACGCAGAUGCCUGUGAAGAACAUGGUGACCGUGGUCGAAUCCGCAACGGAGGAGCUAAUGAAGAAAAAGUUGCAGCUAAUUGAGCUGUGGAUGUCUUUCCACGUCACACUAGAUUGGGCCAGGUCUGUACACCAGAAUUAUUUAAAGGAACUUCAAGAGAUGAUACAGAAGACAAUAUCUAAAUUGAAGAAGGUGGAAGACCUUUUCGUUCCGCUAUCGAGCGUAGACCUCGAGCAAGAUCGCGAAGCUGUCGUCCGUCUCGUCCUUGCUCUCCGACAGGCCAGGCCAAAUUUUCAGGGGAUAAGCGCGGACGUGGAAUAUCUGGAGAUGACCCGGAACCUGCUGGCAACUUGUGGUUCGCAUUGUGAAGAAGCAGAAGCGGGCAUCUCGGAUCUGAUGGCAUUGCACUGCCGGGCCAGACAUCAAAUCAAUGAGAGUCAGCGUGUUCUGGAGAUGGCUGCCAAGUUGCAUCAAGUCACUGAUGAACUGGACAGACUCGACUGGUCCAAGGAGUUAGACCAAAGUUGGAGUUCCGCCUGUUCGUCUCACGACAUCACCCAUGCACAGACGCUCCUGACGCACUGGCAGGAGAAGCGAACGCGUGUCAUGAACCUCUGCGGACUUGCCCUCUCGCUCAUCGCAGACAUUAUCACCGCUUCGUGGACGGUGACAUGCGCCGCUCGCGAAGAGAAUCUUUCGUCAGCUGCUGAUGUUUUGGCCGAACGUUGCACAGAGUGGAGCAGGAAAGGUCUCGCGGUGGAACGUAAAUUUCAAAUGAACCUCAACCUCUGCGCCACCCGUGAAGAACUGAAGGAGUUUACAGAAUCCUACCGAGAUUUGAAGAGGAAAUUCAACAACUUGAGGUUUAACUACAUGAAAAAGCCUGAGAAAUCCCGCAAAGCUAAAGCGGCAAUAAAUCAGGUUCAACAAGUGGAGAUGUACAUGGAGAAGCUGCCGGCAUUUAAAUUGCGAUGGCAGCGUUUCCAAGAAAAACUGACGGAUACGCUGAAUAAUUGGAGCGAGGCCUGUACCAUGAAGCCUCAGGGGAUUCAAGCGAAUGAGCGUGAUCUCGCUGCCGAUGUAAAUGAAGUUGAAGGGCGAGAGGGAAACCUGGGAGCAUCUGGAGAACUGGUGGGACAGGAGUGCUCAGCACCAGGUGGAGAAGUGGGGGAGUGGAAUCAGAAGAGCACUGAGAUACUGCUGAACUGGGCGAAGGAGUUGAAAGCAGACACAGUGGAACUGAACAAGGAUGUAUCCGAGCUGGAAAGGGUUGUGGAGGAAUACAGAUGCAAUUUGGAGUUAACCAUCCAACUUCAGGACGCCAUGAAGGAUAGUAUCUUCUGGUGCGAGGAAACCGUGUCCACCAUCGCGCGCGUGAGGACGUUUUCAUCCGAGUGCAAGACCCGCGAGGGCAUGGCAAUGCUAGGCCGCCAAUUCGACUUGUUCCUGUGGCCUACGGUUCCUGAACAGGAGGAGAGGAUGCACUUGAUUGAAGACCUUGCUCUCCGUGUCUACGGCCCUGAGGAAAGUAAAAAGUACAUCGAGAAAACCAGGACCCAACACGAUGAAAUAAUGACGUCGAUCAGAAAAACGAGCAAUGAAAUAAGAGAACUUGAAGAAAAACUUCUGACGAAGGGGAAAGAAAUAAAGGAACAUUCGGAGAAUCCUGCUUCGGAAGCAAAUCCAAGCACUGUGGGACAUGCACUCAGGGAGACAGUAGCCGAUAUAAAAGAAAACAAUUUUAAAAAACGUCCCUCUGAAGAUGAAACAUCAAGACAAAGUGAUUUAUUUUCAGGCUUGAAAGAUCCUUUGGAAAUUUCAGCAAAUAGAAUGUCUGGCCAAGAUGAGAAGCAGAGCGUUAAACUGUCUUCUGAGAAUGCAUCCACUUCAUCACUAUUGGGUAGUAAUUCAAAAUAUGAUGGUGAAGAUUCUCCCAAGGAGGAAGGGCAGAAGGAACAUCACCUGAAAAAUGGCAAAUCGUGCACAUCAGCUGUUUACCCAGAGAGCGGGCGCUCCAAAUUGUUGGACGGUCAAGCGUGUUCGUCUUCGAAAGCAGCGCUUGCCUCGCGUGCGCAUGGCAGCCCAGAGGCUCGCACGUCUCGCAGUGAAAAAGCGAUCGAGGAUGGCCAUUGCACACAAGAGUGGCAGAAAAAUGACAACGGCAUGGCGCGACGGCGUGCACAAAUGCACGAUGGCAGUGGCAUCGAACGGCCCGUGUCGUCGUCGCGCACCGUUGACCAUUGCGUGUGCGAAUACGAGCCGGUUUUCAGCAGAGAUUUCGAGUGCACGUCUCACAUCUGUGGUUAUGCCCGUUCUCGCUCUGUUGAGAGCCACGCUCAAGCUGAGGCUCCUGCACGUGCCGCUGGCCCGUUUGCGAUGGACAACGGCCAAGUCGCAUUAAAUCUUGGCGUCCGAGCAGCGCCCAGCUCAAUUGACUUUGGGAAAGAUUCACGCGCGACGAAUUUUAAGUGCCCUUACUUUUCUUUCGUUAAACUGGUUACGUUCAACAAAAUCCCCGUCGGGCCCUGUGGACCUCUGCUACCCGCAGUGCCCGAAGCUUCGCCACGUCCGGCACUUGGCUCCACACGAGGAUACGACGGCUGCUCUGAGCGGGGCCUUGUCAGGGAGGAGACGCAGCUGGCGCUGACACCUCGCUCCUGGUGCCAGCUGGCUGGUCAGCCGUCGCGUUUCACUCAGCCGCUCGCCAGUGCCGAGUUUAUUGAGGGAUCGCCGGUAACCGUGGAGGUGACUGUUGGAGGCAGCCCUGAGCCCACCGUGGUUUGGCUCCGGAAUGGACAAUUGUUAAAUUCUAAUCAAAACACAGAGCUCGGGUGUUGUGAAGAUCGACACUGCCUGCUAAUAGUGAAGGCCACAGUCACCGACGCCGGAGUUUACAUCGCGAGGGCCGAGAAUGUGGCUGGUGCAGAGGCGACUGCGGUCGUCCUUCAGGUCAACUCAGGUAACGAGUGGAGUGACCUUCAGCGCAGUGCGGCGCUCUGCGUCACAUGAUCAAAGUUGAUAUACCUUAUUCUUAGGUUUUUUUGGUAGGUACCUACGUGACUAGGUACCUACGUGACUUUACCGAAAAAACCUAAGAAUAUGAAUCCUUGCAGUCACGAAAGCUUCAAAUCUAGAAUUGAUAUACCUUAUCUAGUUAUGUUGGGUCACCUAUGUUGGGUCACCUAUGUUGGGUCACCUAUGUUGGGUCACCUAUGUUGGGUCACCUAUGUUGGGUGACCUAUGUUGGGUCACCUAUGUUGGGUCACCUAUGUUGGGUCACCUAUGUUGGGUCACCUAUGUUGGGUCACCUAUGUUGGGUCACCUAUGUUGGGUCACCUAUGUUGGGUCACCUAUGUUGGGCCACCUAUGUUGGGUCACCUAUGUUGGGUCACCUAUGUUGGGUCACCUAUGUUGGGUCACCUAUGUUGGGUCACCUAUGUUGGGUCACCAAGCGAUGGAUGUAAGUCGACCCGGAUGAAUCGUCAAGCCUAAGUCUGGACCGAACAAAACAAGUUCAUAAAUUAAACUGGUGCCGCGUUUGUGUUGAAAUUCAAUUAUAAAUACGCAUUUUUUUAAAAAUCUAUAUUAAUCUUUGGUAAAGGAUAUUAAAGGAUAUCAACAGUUAAUUGGCUGCAAUCUCAUGUCCAUUGGCUCAUUUUUGAAUAUGGUAAGGAAAUGCAUUUCAUUUCAUGCAUCGAAACCAUAUUGUUCGAGUACCGUAUAGUAUUUUCCAAUAUUGGUCACCAGUAGAGGUGGGAUUAUUAGUUGAUGGUAUUAAUUAAUCGACAAAACAUUUGAAACGAAUGAUGUUGUGGUCGAUUAUUCGGGCACCUUUAUAACUCGUGGCUGCAUUUGUCAGGCGAGAAACCCCCUGAAAGCCACACGUAGCUUGAUGAGGCCAUACCUGUCAACCCAUAUGGUUUACCCGUAUUCUUGUACAGGAAAAUUGAGCCGUUUCAAUACGGGCAAAUGUUUUUUGGUGUCAAUUUGUUUGUGUUCUCCCUUGUGAUGGGACUUUGGAGGAUGAACGUUGAGAUUUAUAAGGGAACGGGGUGACCAAUAAAGUUGGAAUUAGUCUGUAAUAAGGUAGGCACUGAUGAGGGGUUGACAGGUACGUAAGUCUGCUGAUGCUAAUGACAUCACCCCCCCGCCCAUCACCUCCCUUUCCAAAAUCAGACGUGGAAACGGUGAUGAGGGCUUUUUCUUCCAACAAUGUUUGAGUCAUCCCAUUAACUGCGCGAUAAAAAUGAACAAUAGAAUAAUCGUAUCAUUAAAUCAUCUGAUAACUCUAAUGAAUGGUACAUUUUCAUCCUUUGCAACAAAACUACAGUGGUGUUUGUAACAAAAAAACUGCAUCGGUGGAUCUAUACUUAACCAAUAUCACUGACGGAGAGCGGACCAGUCAAGCGUGUCCUGUGCCUCUUUUUUACCGAGCAAUAACAUCGUACCACAACAGCAUUGCUGAAUUAUCUUCAGUGCAGUGCAUAAUUAUGGCCACGUGCCCCGCUAAAUUCACGCAUUCGCAACUUCUUGUCAACGCUCUGUUUGCCACCCAGUGGUGACGACCUUUAGUGCAACUAUUAACCACCAGCAUUACGACAAAAUCUCGUGCAUAAAUGACUUGUUGCAAAACCGACACAUUCGUUUGUGCGCUAUGAAUAAAGGAGCCAUCGGCGGAAAUGUUGCCUUGUUUUUUCGUCAUCCUUUUAAAGGCCACGGUGUUAUUGACGAAUGUGGCGGG